AUGAUGGCGUCUUCUCUGUCCCGCUUGGGCCUUGCCACUCUCUUCAUAGGCCUGGCAGCGGCCCAGCGUCAGAUUGGGCCCGAAGAGAACCACCCCCCACUCACGACAUGGCGCUGUACCAAGGCCGGCGGCUGCACUGAAGUCAACAACUUCAUCGUCCUCGACUCCCUCGCGCACAACGUCUACCAGGCCAACGGCGGUGGAAGCUGUGGCUCCUGGGGCAGUCCGCCCAACGAGACGGCGUGCCCGACCAAGGAGGCCUGCGCCGAGAACUGUGUCCAGGAAGGUCUCGACGACUACAGCCGCGUCGGCGUCACGACGAACGGCGGCGCCAUGACCAUGUACCAGCUCAAGGACGGCGUGCAGGUGUCUCCGCGCGUGUAUCUUCUUGACCCUUCCAAGGAGCAAUAUGAGAUGAUGCACCUAACGGGCAAGGAGUUCACGUUUGACGUCGACGUAUCGAAGUUGCCGUGUGGCAUGAAUAGCGCCCUGUAUACCUCUGAGAUGGAGGCCGACGGUGGCAAGAGCGCGCUCAACACUGGUGGCGCUCGUCACGGCACGGGGUACUGUGACGCCCAGUGCUAUACUACGCCGUUCAUCAACGGUGAAGCCAACAUUGAAGGAUACGGUGCAUGUUGCAAUGAGAUGGACAUAUGGGAGGCCAACUCGCGUUCUGCUCAUCUGGCGCCGCACCCGUGCAACCAGACUGGUGUCUAUCUCUGCGAGGGCGAAGACUGUGCCUUUGAAGGCGUCUGCGACAAGAACGGUUGUGCCUGGAACCCGUACCGAGUCAACCAAGAUGACUUCUACGGCCGCGGCUCAGGGUUCGAUGUCGACACCACGCGUCCCUUCACAGUCAUCACACAGUUCCCCGCCAACGAAGCCGGCGUCCUCACCGAGAUCCACCGCCUCUACAUCCAAGACGGCCACCUGAUCCGCAGCGAGGUCGUCAACAACACAGAUCUUCCGCAGGUCAACUACCUCAACGAUGAGUUCUGCGCGGCGACGGGCUCGCGGCGGUUCAUGGAUCUCGGGGCGCACCGGGAGAUGGGCGAGUCGUUUGAUCGGGGCGUGGUGCUUGCGUUUAGCAUCUGGUGGGAUGCCGGCGGUGGGAUGAGGUGGCUGGACGGUGCGCCGGAAGCCGGGCCAUGCAAUGAGACGGAAGGAUUCCCGGAGAACGUUGUCAAGGUUGAGCCGAACCCGGUUGUGACGUUCAGCAAUAUCAAAUGGGGCGAGCUUGGGUCUACGUUCAAGCCUCAGUGUAAGAACAAGCCCAGGAAAGUCCAUCGCGAAUACAUAACAGCGCAUAACAUGGAGGCAGCAACUGAGCGCCACUUCUUCCACCACGGCGCUCCGAAGCCUGGCGCAACCAAGACCGCCCUCAGAGUAGAGUAUCCCACAGCCAUUGAGAGAGAAAAGCUGGACUGCCAAUGGUGCCAGAUUCGAGCAUUUCCGAACCAUAAACAAUACCCAAUCACUAUCGUAAACGAGGUCGACGACGAAAUAAUACCGCCCAACUUUCGAUUUCUGCAGCACUCAAAGCUCGGCCACGGGGUACAAGCCGCAGAGGAUAGUUUCCGAAGCGGAUGCGAAUGUGAAGACGAGGAAGAAUGCCAGUAUGCGGGCUGUCUCUGCCUGCAGGAGCAAGAAGACGACUCAGAUGACGAGGGCGAAGCGAGAAAGAAGGCCUACAUGUACCAUAUGCACGGCGUCAAAGCUGGGUUGCUGCGGUCAAAAUUCCUGGGCUCGACGCGGCCCAUUUACGAGUGCCACGAAGGCUGCGCAUGCGACGUGACCUGUCCUAACAGGGUGGUCGAGAGAGGUCGUCAGGUUCCUCUUCAGAUUUUCCGGACUGAGAAGACGGGCUGGGGUGUUCGAUCGUUGCUCGACAUUCGACGAGGACAGUUCGUCGAUAACUACAUUGGCGAGAUCAUUACACCACAGGAAGCCCAACGCCGACGGGAUACGUCGAAUAUUGCGCAACAGAAGGACGUGUACCUUUUCGCACUCGACAAGUUCACGGAUGAAGACUCCCCUGACAUGCGCCUGCAAGGCCCCCCGCUCGAGAUAGAUGGCGAAUUUAUGUCCGGCCCGACUCGCUUCAUCAAUCACUCCUGCGAACCGAAUUUGCGUAUCUUUGCGCGCGUGGGAGAUCACGCCGACAAACACAUUCACGACCUUGCCUUCUUUGCGCUUCGCGACAUUCCCCGAGGAGAGCAGCUCACGUUCGACUACGUCGACGGUGUCAGCGACGACGCUGUUGAUGCGAAGGACAAGAGCAAGCAAGGCGACAUGGUUCCGUGUCUUUGCGGCAGCAAGAAUUGUCGCCAGUUCCUGUGGUAG